AUGUCGAAGAAGCCUGGUGAGUCCGUCAACGACGAGCAGCAAGGUGCUCUUGCUCUACACCGCAGCCUGCUCCCCAUGGGCACUGGCAGGACGGAUGUCAUGGGGUCAAUGACGGCUACGGAUGCCUUCCCUCUCCCUGUUCUCGAGUCUUCCCUGGUAUUCUCUCCAUCACGGGACAGUGGCCAAGGCUCAGUCAUCCGCUGCCUCUCGUACCUGAAGUCCAUGCAGCUGACAGCAGUUCUAUACUCUUUCGGUGGCUCCGCCUGGGCCCAGGUCCCCCGCCUCGCCAUUGUCGAGGGCGGCUACGCCGACGGCGACAUUGAGAUCAAGGAGGUGAACCUCGCCGAGGGCGCAAACUUCAACCCCGAGUACCUCAAGAUCAACGCGCAAGGUACCGUCCCCGCGCUCGUCGACGAGAAGGGCCAUAACUUUCAUCUUGUAGGAUUUACAGCUAACAGCAGGUACGAUUCUAGCACCACUGCGACGCAGCAGAUCUCGAAGCAUGCGCCCAAGCCGCCCAAGACUGCGUCGAGCGAGCACCACGAGCUUAAGAAGUUCAUCGAGACCGUUCACCUCGACAGCCACGACCCUAACGACCUCUUCAUUCUCCCCACGAGCGAGCAGGACCGCAAGACUAAGGGGGAGGGCAUGGUCGGUGGAUUCCUGAAGGGCCGCCAGGAUGCGCUUGACAAGUACUCCACUUCUGCUCCCGACGACGUCAAGGAGUUCUUGAAGCAGAAGCAGACGGCGAACAAGCAGAUCCUGGACUUCAUGACGGGCUCUCCUUCGCAGGAGGAGCAGACCAAGAUUUACCAGAAGGCGAACGAGGAGUGGCGUUCGGCCGGCGAGCUGCUCCGCGGCCAGGCGCACCACCUGCUCAAGAAGGCAGGCCAGGGCAAGUUCCUCGGCGGCGACGACGAGCCCAACGAGGCCGACUUCCACUUCGUCACGUGGCUUGCGCGCAUCGCGUCCAACGCGGGUGCUUCUCCCGGCGCUCCUGGCAAGGAUAUCCUGCACCUCAUCUCGGUCAAGGCCGAGGGAGGCGAGAUCCCCGCCCUCAUCGGCGAAUACUGGGACCAGUGGAGGCAGCGCCCUUCGUUCAGCAAGGUCGGCCUCAAGUAA